AUGGAUGCAGCCAACCACGCCGGAUUAACAAUUGAUCCUGUCCCGGGCACGCAAAGUCAUUACUCGUCCUGCCCGCAGACUCUGUGCAAGCUGCCGCAACCUGCUCCAUCACUCAUUACAAUGGCCACCUCGAUCCGCUCGAUCCGAUCGCUUGCCCCUCUGCUGGACCGGGUGCUCGUCCAGCGCAUCAAGGCCGAGACCAAGACGGCCGGCGGCAUUUUCCUCCCCGAGUCGAGCGUCGAGAAGCUGAACGAGGGCAAGGUCCUGGCCGUCGGGCCGGGCGCGCUGGACAAGAAGGGCAACCGUCUGCCCAUGGGAGUGGCUGUCGGCGACCGCGUCUUGAUCCCCUCGUUUGGCGGCUCGCCUGUCAAGGCCGGCGAGGAGGAGUAUCAGCUGUUCCGCGAAAGCGAGAUUCUCGCCAAGAUCAACGAGUAA